UACCUAGAACUGACAACUGCCAGAAAUGAUCCACUUAUAAAGGAUGGAGUGCAAAUGUUGAUUUGAUACCCAUCCUUACCACGCAGUAUGUUUCGAAGUAUGCUAGUGAAGCAGAACCACGGUCCUUAGGGUCCUUGGCCUUCUCAGAAGUAUUGGACAAAGCUCAUCGUAAUGAUGACCCCAAUGAUCCAGCUGUUAAACCAUUCCAAAGUUGCUCAUUCACACAGUCGGAGAACGUGAUUUUUCGGCGCAAGAAACUUAUGUCUCACCUCUACAAAGAUAUUGUAAUAGACCUGCCGAACUUGAGGAACUUUCAUUGUUCAAAUUGGAUCAGCAAUAUAAAUUACUACGUCCAUCUCCCAUUCGAAAUGGUUCGUUAUAGAGACCUUCUUAGCCUCACAGAGAAUCACACUCUUUCAUGGAUUGAUUUAUAUAACCAACAUCUUGUAGAAAUCAAUGAUGACUCUAAUGAUUUAAUUGGACCUGCCGUGGAUGAUAUUCAAGAAGAAGCGUAUGAACUUCGAACUGACUGGAUGUUACUGGCUGAAAUGAUGGCAAAUAGACAGACGCAAAUCACGACUGGGUUAACGAAAGUUUGCUGCGAUAUCCUGAAAUUGAAGAGGCAGAAAGCUUCAUCUAGCAGGCAAUUGGUGACAACUAAAAUUUCUUAUUAUCACUUACGUGAUGGAAGGUCUAUACGAUCCGACUGGGAAUUAUUAAUGACGCGAAUUCCAGAAAAUAUUCCUGGAUCAGAGAGAAAAACUUCAGAUGCCACCAAUGUUCUAACAACAUGGGAAGAAGUGGAUAAAAUAAAUUUGAAUAAACUUCGAUUAUUAAACCAACCCGUUGCCAAGAUUCAUGGAGUACAUACGGGUGGAUCUGAAGCUUCUAAGGCCGGUUCCGAAACUGCAAAAAGAAUUGAAACUGAAAUAUAA